CUCUUCGUUUUCACAGCCUCCUCUACUUCAACGAGCGCUCCCCGGCAUGCUGGAACCGUAGUGUUGCAAGAUCACUACCUACGACGCGAGCAUGGCCAAUCUAGACAACCAUGGCAUCGAACUCGCACCAAGCAGGGGUGCGGGAUACGACAAUGACGAUUUCGAGAAACAGCAUAUCGUUGAGGACCAAGAGGAAAAGAAUCUCUCGCGAUCUUUGAAGCAGAGGCAUAUUCAGAUGAUAGCGUUAGCUGGCGCAAUUGGCACAGGUCUCUUCCUCUCCCUCGGCAGCGCUCUCCAAACUGGUGGACCCCUCGGCGCCCUCCUCGGCUACGCUCUAAUUGGGGCGGUCGUCUGCUCCGUGCAAUUCGCCCUCGGCGAGACCUCCGCCCUCUUUCCCGUCACCGGUUCCUUUGUACGACACGCCGAGUUCCUCUUUGACCCUGCGCUCGGGUUCGCCGUGGGCUGGAAUGUCGUGUAUGGCGCCUACCUCUCCGUGCCCGCCGAGAUUUCCGCCGCAUUGGUGCUUAUCCAAUUCUGGACGGAGAAGUACGCCGCGCUGUGGAUCACGAUAUUCAUCGUGCUGACGUUUCUGGUGGGGAUUAUCUUCAUUGGAGUGUAUGGCGAGAUCGAGUUCUGGCUUGCCAUCCUCAAGAUCAUGCUCAUUGUAGGCAUUAUCCUUAUGGGACUGAUCAUUGACCUCGGCGGGGUUCCCGGCCAAGGAAGAAUCGGAUUCCGGUACUGGAACCAUCCAGGGCCAUUUUCGCAAUAUCUCGAAAUACCUGGCGCGUGGGGCCGCUUCCUUGGAUUCUGGGCUGUGAUGAACAACGCCGUCUACUCGUUCUCCGGUAUCGAGAGCUUGUCUGUCGCAGCGGCCGAGACGCAGAACCCGCGACAAAACAUUCCCAGGGCGUGCAAGAGAGUCUUCGCACGGGUUACGCUCUUCUACAUCCUCGCGGUCCUGAUCGUGGGCAUGAUCGUCUCGAGCACCGACGACGAUCUGAACAACUACUCCGGAAACGCCUCGCAGAGUCCCUUCGUAUUGGCCGCGACCCGCGCAGGGAUCAAGGCCGUUCCGUCUAUUAUCAACGCUGUCGUACUUACCUCUGCGUGGUCGGCUGGGAAUCAGAGCAUGCUUGCCGGUACCCGGAUCUUGUACGGACUGGCACUGAAGGGCCAGGCACCGCGCUUCUUGUUGCUUACCACGCGUUGGGGUAUUCCGUGGGUUUGUGUGAUCGCACAGACUCUUGUUGCCUGCCUCGCGUACAUGAGUCUGUCAAAUAAUGCGCUGACGGUCUUUUACUGGUUCUUAGACCUCACAGCGUCGGCGGUAUUGAUCAGCUGGAGCGCGAUUGCCUGGAAUCAUAUUCGGUUGCAUCAGGCGUUGAAGAGGCAGGGGAUAGUGAGGGAGGAGCUGCCAUGGCAUCAUUGGUGGACUCCUUACACGUCUUGGUUCGCGCUUGUUUCUUGCAUCAUUUUCCUCCUUACCGGAGGUUUCACGGUCUUCAUCAAGGGCAACUGGGAUAAAGCUACCUUCAUCUCAGCUUACUUGGACAUACCGCUCGUACUAACCGCAUACUUCGGAUGGAAGUUUCUCAAGAAGACCAGAAUCUUGUCGCUAGAUGACGUGCCUUUACGAGCGGCACUCGACGAGAUUGUGAGCAAGCCUGAGGAAGAAGUUCCCAAGGCCAGAGGCUGGAGGAGGUUGAAUAUUCUUUGGGGCUGAGUGGAAGCGCACGUGACUUGUCCGCGAUUGGUUAUUUGUGCUUGCCUUUUGCGCAUC